GGUCUGGUGCAACAGAAUAUGUGAUCCUCCGGUCGUGCUUCAGAAUCAGUCCUUCAUCUGACAACAUGGCGACUGUUCGUGCCGCGUCCCGUCUCCUUUCCAAGAGGGUACUAUUUAAAACGAAGGCAGUCCCUGCUGCUGCAUUUCAGGGUUCCAGGAACUUUCACUUCUCUAUCUAUGGCAAGAAGAAAAAUGCCAAAGUAUCAGAGGAUAUCUCUACUCAGUAUCCAGUUGUGGAUCAUGAGUUUGAUGCUGUGGUGGUAGGAGCUGGAGGGGCGGGACUUAGGGCAGCCUUUGGCCUGUCAGAAGCUGGCUUCAACACUGCCUGUGUCACCAAGCUCUUCCCCACCAGGUCUCACACUGUUGCUGCACAGGGUGGGAUCAAUGCCGCUCUGGGGAACAUGGAGGAGGACGACUGGAGGUGGCAUUUCUAUGACACAGUAAAGGGAUCUGACUGGCUGGGAGACCAGGAUGCCAUUCACUACAUGACAGAACAGGCUCCUUCAGCUGUAGUGGAGCUGGAGAACUUUGGCAUGCCGUUCAGCCGCACUGAAGAUGGGAAGAUCUACCAGAGGGCCUUUGGAGGUCAGAGUCUCAAGUAUGGAAAAGGAGGCCAAGCUCACCGCUGCUGCUGUGUAGCAGACAGGACAGGACACUCACUACUGCAUACGCUUUAUGGACGGUCGCUUCGUUAUGACACUAGUUACUUUGUGGAGUACUUUGCCCUGGACCUGCUGAUGGAAAAUGGAGAGUGUAAAGGAGUAAUUGCUCUCUGCAUGGAGGAUGGAUCUAUUCACCGCUUCAGAGCCCAGAAUACUGUCAUUGCUACUGGGGGUUAUGGAAGAGCCUAUUUCAGCUGCACAUCUGCCCACACUAGCACAGGAGACGGAAAUGCAAUGGUGACCAGAGCUGGCCUGCCCUGCCAGGAUUUGGAGUUUGUACAGUUCCAUCCCACUGGGAUCUACGGAGCCGGUUGCCUGAUCACAGAGGGUUGCCGUGGUGAGGGGGGGAUCCUGAUCAACAGUGAGGGAGAGCGCUUCAUGGAGCGCUAUGCACCCAACGCCAAAGACCUGGCCUCCAGAGACGUGGUGUCCCGCUCCAUGACCAUAGAGAUCAGAGAGGGCAGGGGUGUUGGUCCAGAGAAGGACCAUGUGUACCUGCAGCUUCACCACCUGCCUCCUCAGCAACUGGCCACAAGGCUGCCUGGUAUCUCAGAGACAGCCAUGAUCUUUGCUGGAGUUGACGUCACUAAAGAGCCCAUCCCGGUCCUGCCCACUGUUCAUUAUAAUAUGGGUGGAAUACCCACAAACUACAAGGGACAGGUGAUCACUCAUACCAGUGGAGAGGACAAGGUGGUUCCUGGACUGUACGCCUGUGGUGAGGCGGCCUGUGCCAGCGUCCACGGUGCUAACCGACUGGGUGCCAACUCCCUGCUGGAUUUGGUGGUCUUUGGCAGAGCCUGCGCCCUCACCAUCGCAGAGGAACACAAACCUGGAGAGAAUCUGUCCCCUCUGAAGCCCAGUGCAGGAGAGGAGUCUGUAGCCAACCUGGACAAGCUGAGGUUUGCCAACGGAAGCCUGAGAACCUCAGAGAUCAGGCUCAACAUGCAGAAGACUAUGCAGUCUCACGCUGCAGUGUUCCGUACCGGCUCUGUUCUGAAGGAGGGAUGCGACAAGAUGGACGCUAUUUACCAGACCCUGGAUGACAUCAAGACCUUCGACAGAGGCAUUGUGUGGAACACAGACCUGGUGGAAACGUUGGAGCUGCAGAAUCUGAUGCUGAACGCCGUCCAGACCAUCCACUCUGCUGAGCAGAGAAAGGAGAGCAGGGGAGCCCACGCCAGAGAGGACUUCAAGGACCGUGUUGAUGAGUAUGACUACUCGAAGCCCCUGCAGGGUCAGGAGAAGAAGCCGUACGAACAGCACUGGAGGAAACACACUCUGUCCUACGUCGACCCCAAGACUGGCAAGGUGACCCUGGAGUACCGCCCUGUUAUUGACAGCUCUCUGGAUGAGGAGGACUGCGCUCACGUGCCUCCUGCCAUCCGCUCCUACUAAGAAGAUCUCAUCUCCUCCCCCUUUCAAUUCCCAUCUCAUUUCACAUCUACCUUACUCAAUUAGUGAAUUCUCAUUUAACUAUUUAAGAAGAUACAUUUUCUGUAAUAGAAAGGACAUUUUGGGACAAAUUAUGCUUUUUAGAAUAGUUAAAUACAAUACUGUCUUGUCCACUUCAUCCCUUCGUGUCACUUUCCUGUUCCUCUCCCUUCGUCCUGAUUUAAUCUGUGUGCAGCAUGCACAUGCUGUUGUGACCUCUCACACUGUCUGAGCUGGUUUUGUAUAUAUCAUAAAGCACUCAAGACAGGUGGGUGACUGAGGAUUUUUCAGCAUCCAGCUGAAGAAAAAGAAAAUCGAGACUAGAUAACGUCUUGCACCACUUAAACUCCGCUUUUGGUGAUAACACCAUACUUUCAUUUCCUUGUCUUGCAUUGCAUUAAAUGCUUCUUGAAUUAGAACUUCUCUCCUUUGGCUUUCUGAAGUGAACAGACAGUGGGAAUGUUUGUAAAGUGAAAUGCACCUGUCACCAUCAAGCCUCAGAGGGAAGUUUUAAGAAUGUAAAUAUUACAUAAAUGUACAAUAAACCCGGCGAGUUAUACUGUAUGUACUUGUUAAAGUAUGAGGUAAUCUUUUCUCACUCACUACGGCCUUCAGUUUUGGAUAGCAUUUACUUCUUGUGAUACUUCGUGUGUGUGUAAUCCAAAUGAUAAGAUACAUAUGUUCAGCACAUAACGAGCUGAUCUACUUAAU